AUGCGAGUAGGUAACGUUGACAUCAACCUCCGCCACCUUGUUGACCAGAUCAAGGCCCGCAAGAUGCCGAGGCGCAGUCGUGCUCCGAAUUGUACACAUCUGGACAUGGACCGCGUGUACGGACGCAAUCAGCAUUGCGAUGUCUGCGGUCGCUCGCCCCCGAUUGGAUUCCUGUACGAGUGUCGCCAAGACUGGGUUACGCAGUCGCUACGUGACCUACUCACGAAAGACGUCGAGAAGGGUGUGCUCGAGGUUGUCAAGUCUGAUAUGCGGCUAGAACUUGAAUGCCUUGGGCUCAGUGAGAGUGUCAUCCUUACGGCAGAGCAAGGGCACUACACGAGAUCACAGUUGGAGAAGAUCAAGACACAGAAGAAGGAGCUUCGCCAGAUCAUUUCGGACUCACUACAGGCCAGCCAGAUAAAUGAUGCAGCAGCUACACUGGCAGUUUUAGCCCAGGCACCUUCGAACCACGAUGGUGCACAGAACAGCACACCCGAGAAGGAAGCGACAGACCUCGACGAGAUCUCUGCACAGCGUCACCCACGCCGUCGCUUCUACAUGAUGGGGCACCGCAACUCCAAGGACAUCGCUCGCGACCUGUCCCGACAGUCCUACCGCCUCAGCCGCCAGGGCCUCAAGUCAGCUCUCCAAGGAAUCUUCCGCCCGAAUCGAGAUAGUAGCUCUGAGGGCUCCAACAUCACCCUACCUGUUCCUCACACCGGUACAGUCCGCAACUCGAGCGAGGCUCAUGAUAUCGGCGAUUUCGACCUUCCGGCUCUGCGUAAGGUGCGAAAAGAGAAGGAGCGAAUUGAUGUCAUGGCGGGUACGGAUAUUCUGACUUACGAGAACGCUCCUAUGAUUUCACCGAUUGGCGCCUCGAACAACGUGCGAAACGAGCAUAGCUCUAACGAGACGACAACCUCGGACAACGUCACGAUGUACUCUUGCGUAUCUCGCGGUAGCGAAGUCGAGGUCGAAGGUGGUGUGGCACUCACAGAAGAAGCCGUCGAGACGCAUACACCAGACAUUCUCGCGAUCGACGUCUCGCAUAUUAAGAAUGCGAUGAUGAUCCAUGAUCUGGAAAUGGACGACGACGAGGACUUUGCAGCAGACAUUGGACUCCAGAGCAUCAUGACUCAGGUCUGA